CCGGCCGCCCGUAUAAAAGUGCGGCCGCACCGCCGCUGCUCAGGACCUCCUCCACCAUGGGACCGUUGCAGGCGCUGCUGGCGGCGUUUGCUGUGUGGCGAGUCACGUCUGCGCUGCCGGGUUUCGUCAGGCCCGUCGCCAUCGACUACUACGCUCCCGCGCGGUACGCCUUCAAGUACGGCGUGACGGACCCCAACACGGGCGACAUCAAGCAGCAGUCAGAGUCUCGGCACGGGGACGUGGUGAAGGGCCAGUACUCGCUGGUCGAGCCGGACGGCUCGGUGCGCACCGUCGACUACACGGCGGACCCGGUGAACGGCUUCAACGCGGUCGUGAGCAAGAGCGGGCCCGCCGUGCACCCGCCGCCAGCGCCCAAGCCCGUGGUCGUGGCCAAGCCCGUGGUCGUGGCAGCCCCGCCGGUCGUGCACCAGCCCGCCGCACACGUCGUCGCCGUGCCGCAGGUCAUCACGGCAGAAGUGGUGAAACCGCAUUACGUGACGCAGCACGAGUACGACCUGUACGACGGAGCAGCGGGCUACGUGGUGGACAACGCCGCACACUACCCCCACUACAGCUACUACUGAGGCCGCCAGUGGUGGCGGUCGCCAGGGGCUGUCGGGGCUGCACGCGGGUGGGCCUCACCGCUCAGGCUACGCCAGCGCCGCACAUGCGUUACCUCAUACAAGAGUCUAGGCGGUGCUCGCUGUCCUAGGCCAGUAAUUACUCGCGUUCUUACUAUGUACCUCUCACAUGUAAAUACAUGUUUACAUAUAUAUUGUAACCAAUAUAUUAAACAGCAAGAGCAAAGCUAUAACAGCUGUGAGGUUACAGUACGUCUAGCACAUUCUGCGUCGGGACAAUAGAUAUACUUGUCACGUCGCACGUGUUUAUGUCAUAACUACAAAAAUACAGUGCUCUAACGCCAGUCAAAAUUUAUGAAAAAUGAAGUCUGUAACAUAGUGUACAGUGUACAACAUUUAUUUAAUUUCAUAAAUGUUUAAAAACGUAUGACUAUAAAUAAAAGUAUCUCUUAAAUAUUUAUAGAUGUUAGUUUCCAGAACUACUGUGUAAGAAAAAUUUAUCCUUAAAUUCUUUGCAAUCAUGUCAUUGUAACAGCAAUGUGUAUACAGAUCUUCUAAAUACUGCUGUAAAAAAAUAUUUUUUUAUU